AUGUGGAGAAGGGAGAAAGAGUGGAUAUUGAAAGUGAAUACCUUGGAAAAUUAUUGUAAAAGCGAUCAAAAUGCACUGUCAGCAAUCACAUAUAUUUCAGUGAUUAUCCAGCAGCCUCAUCUCAGAAGUCCGACGACAAAGAGUGAGGCGCAUGCAUUUUCAACCUUGUUUCUAGUCCCACGUCCUCACGACACUGGCCUGACGUUUCGUUUUCUCUGGAUCUCCCCCAAUUCACAUCCCAAAUCGAAUCCAGACCUUUUGCUUGCCCCUGAGCCUAGCUUCUUUUGUCUAGCAACUGGAAUCCCAUUUGGGUUUGGAAAUUCAAGCAGGGUAUUUGAAAGCGAUGGGAUUGCAAUUGCAAACAAGAAAAGCCACACGGAUCACCUUGCUUGGGAUGCUGGAUGCGGCAUGCAGGAGAAAAAAAAGGAGCCCAGCCACACCAUGCGCCGAUGUGAUCCCCUUAUCCGCGACUAUUGGAACUUGGGCGCAUAUGAUGGCUUUGCUAGUGGGCGGGUGCAUAUUAGCGUGGAAUUAAUUCGGAGAAUAUAUCUCGUCCUGGAGGAGGGCUGGGCUAGCGUCGUAAUAUUCCUGAGCCGGGCAUGUCACUGCGUACCGUCAAACGGACAAGCUAUUGAACAAAGUCAAGGAAAUGUUGGUAUUAUAUCUUCAUCGUACUCAAAACAAGAAUUACAAACAUCGCGGUCCUGGAUAAUCAGCCGGAGACACACAGAGACGCCCCCUGGAUUCCCACUGAAAGCUCCUCUACCUAUCGCAAGGUGGGGAUAUGACGCAUUGCUCCACUCAAUCUUUUCACUGCUCUUCGAAACAUCCGAAUCGCUUCUUUUUCGUCUUUUGAAACCUUCGCCGAACCAGGAGAUUCACGUCCGUCCGUCCGUCGACAUUUGUAAGGACCCGAUGUGGGAUCCGAAGAUUGGGUGGGAGAAAUAUGUGACAAAUGCGACGGGGACAUCUACCGAUUCGCAGUCAAGGAAAGGAAAACAAAAAUAUAUCCAGAAACACCGAUUCCGCGACUUGGUCGAUGGGGCGUAA